AUGACAUGUCAAGCAACGUUCGCAUCUCUAAUUCAUGUCUUAACCAGUUGUUUUGUUAUAUUCCAGCUUCCAGAUGGAAUAAAUGUUUCAAAGGAAGCCAAGCAGGCACUUGGAAAGGCAGCUAGCAUUUUUGUGUUGUAUUGUACCUCAUGCGCUAAUAAUAAUGCAUUGAAAUCAAAAAGAAAGACAUUAACUGGUCAAGAUGUCUUCAGUGCCCUGGACGAGAUGGAAUUUGAUCACUUUAUUCCAGAACUGAAAACAACAUUAGAGGCCCACAAGCGAGACCAAAAAAGCAAGAAAGAAAGUGCAGCUCAUAAAAAAAAGAGGAGAGAGGAAGAGGAAGAGGAGGAGAGCAGCAGUGCACGAUUAGAAGCAUGUCUGGAUGAAGACAUUGAAGAAGUCAUUGACGAUAGUAGUCCUGAGAUUGAAGAAAUUGAAGAGGAAGGUGUAGAAGAAAAUGGUGACAUUGAAUAUAUAGACCAGGAAGAACAGAUUAUUGAUCCGCAUGCAGGAACAAGUGAUGACCCUAUCCCUAUUGAUCUUGAAGAUGGGAUGAAUGGAGAAGAUGAGGAGGCAGAGAGCUAGAGUUAGGGAAACUAUGGUUGUUGCACAUGACCAUCACAGUGACUCUCCUUCAAUAUUAUCAAGAUGUUGAUAUUGCUUGUCAUAACAAAUUUUUAUAGAUUAAAUGUUACUAUUGCUAGUACUCUGUCAGUGCGCUGUUGUACCAAUGAGCAUGGUUAUAUAAACAAAGCAAUAUCUGUCGUGUAUACUGGGAUAGAAAUUGUAUAUAUAGCAUACAUUUGUUGGGGGCUGCUCAUGCGUAAAUAUUAGAACAACAUGCAAAUCUCACCCAUUUGCAACUUUCAGGUCUUUGUUGCAUUAUAUUUAUCUUUUCAACAGUGUAUGUUGCUAGAAGCGACAGGUUUUUGUGUUUAAUGGGUCCAUUUCAACUAAUCACAUCCUUUCAUAUGAAUCUUUCCUACUCCUUGUUGACAUCUGUUAAUUAUGUAAAGCAGUAAGUACAUCAAAUGUAUAUAACAACAGACAAUGUUAUUAAAGUAUUAUGUAAUGUAUGCAUGCUUGUGUGAGUGCAUGCACGGUUCUCUGCUAGUGCUAUUAAAGUGAACCUUAUCAUUAGUUAGACAUGUGGUAACAAAAUAUCUCCAGUUCAUAUAUUAUUGUACCAAGAUGGUACAAAUUGAUUACAAUUUGACUGUGUAUUCAUGUAAGCAUGUUAAGGGGAAAAAUAUAUGGUUUGAAUACAAAA